GAUUGAAGACCGGAGUGAAAUUUUGACAGAAAAAUUAACAACCGAUGCUGCCGAAAUUUUGGUCUCUCCACAGUUGAUUCAGGGUUCCUAUGACAUUUCAUUGGCUUCAUCAAUAUCUAUCUUUGAUAUAUACAAUUAUCUGGUCUCAUUUGAUGAGUUUGACCAUGCAAAGACAUUAUCACAAGCUUGAGGGAUAUACUAUGCAACCAGACGGAUACGUGCUGGAUGUCACAUGUGUUGAUUACAGUAAUGGCUAUAUUGCUUUAAAGAGCCACGUUAAACCCCGGACAUGUGACAAAGAUCCUGUAUCAAAGUUGUCAUUCUAUAGCUCUUGGAUAAUAGUCAAAAAUGAUGAAAGAUCCACUUCCUGUGUACUAUCAGCCUAUUGUUCAUGUAGAGGAGGUAUGGAUGGAUGUUGUCGGCAUGUAACUGCAAUGUUAUUUGAUUUUACACAAGACUUCAGUAAAAAGAGUUGCACAUCAGGCCCCUGCCAGUGGAUUCGCCGUGCAAGUGAAGCAGCAAAGUUAUCACAGCCAAUCCCAGCAACAGAUCUUAACACUUCUUGAUUGCA